AUGGCCAUGACCACCUCCAUCACCGCAUCAACGGGGGACUCCAAGGAUGCCUCUGCCCACCCAGAUGGCGAAGUGCCCGCUGUCCCCAAGGCCUACCUGUCGGAUCUGCGUUUCUGGCGUCGCAAUGGUGGAAAGAAGCGACUGCCCUCCCAGGACUUUACCCUGAGGCCAGUCUCCGGUGACGAGGAAGAGGGCGGCGGCAGUGUGGCCGAUGCUGAGUCGACAGAGUAUCGCGUGUACAAACGCCGGUGGUUUGGACUGGUGCAACUGACCAUGAUGAAUAUCAUUGUCUCCUGGGGUUGGCUCACCUACGCACCGGUUGCGAGCCAUGCUUCUGACUAUUACGGAGUCUCAGAGUCGGCCAUCAACUGGUUGAGCACCGCCUUCUUCCUCUCCUUCGUGGUCAUCGCGCCUCUGAACAUUGCCGUCCUGCACCGCAGUCUCAAGCUCUCGCUCGUCAUUGCUGCCGUCCUCAUCAUCAUUGGGAACUGGGUUCGCUAUGCCGGAUCCACCUCGCGCAACGGCGGCAUCUUCGCUUGCGCCAUGGUUGGCGAGAUUCUCCUCGGCCUCGCCCAGCCCUUCAUUCUUGCUGCACCUACACGGUACUCGGAUCUGUGGUUCACUAACCGUGGCCGCGUCACUGCUACCGCGCUGAUGAGCUUGGCAAACCCCUUGGGAGCGGCCCUUGGCCAGCUGAUCAACCCUUUUUGGGUGUCAACUUCUGGUGACGUUUCUCCGAUGGUUUUGUACGUUUCGAUUAUUUCUACCGUUUGCUGUGUGCCGGCAGUCUUCCUCCCCGCCAAGCCUCCAACUCCUGUAGGCCCAGCUUCAGAAACCCCGAAACUCAGCCUGCGUGACUCCAUCCCCGCGCUCAAGUCUCUCGAGCUGUGGCUCAUCCUAAUCCCCUACUUCGUCUACGUCGGCUUCUUCAACUCCAUCUCCACCCUGCUCAGCCAGAUGAUGACCCCGUACGGCUUCACCAACGACGAGGCGGGUAUCGGCGGCGCCAUCCUCAUCGUCGUCGGCCUCGUCUCCGCGGCCGUCAGCUCCCCCAUCCUCGACCGCACCAAGAAGUUCCUGCUCGGCGUCCGGAUCCUGGUCCCCAUGAUCGCCCUGUCCUACCUCGCCUUCGUCUGGAUGCCCGAGACGCGGACCAUCCCGGGCCCCUACGUCGUCCUCGCCAUCCUCGGCGCCGCGUCCUUCUCCCUCGUCCCCAUCGCCCUCGAGUACCUCAUCGAGCUCAGCCACCCCCUCAGCCCGGAGGUCACCUCCACCAUCGCCUGGGCCGGCGGCCAGCUGUUCGGCGCCAUCUUCGUCAUCGUCAGCGACGCCCUCGUCGCCGGCGAGGACGCCUCCCCGCCCAAGAACAUGAAGAACGCGCUCAUCUUCGAGGCCGUCGUCGCCCUCGCCGUGGCGGCCCUGCCGCUCUGUCUCGGCCUGUUUGGGCGCGAGGACCAGGUCAGCCUCCGACGAGUCGCGUCCGACGAACGACCGCAGGCCGAGGGCGACACCGCUUAA